AUGUCCCAAACAUUUACGGAACACUUUCCGUUGGGCCAAUAUUUGGCAGCUUCUUCUAUUGCGGCAAUAGCUUCUCGGACCGCUUGCCAUCCGUUAGAUACAAUUAAAAUUAACUUCCAGAAAGGCAAAACCAUUAACGCUCGUAUGCAUCCCGCAUUACUAUAUAGGGGAUAUGUCUUCUCAACGAUAAGCACCAUUCCUGCACUCUCCCUUUUUCUUGCAACAUAUGAGCGCAGCAAAUAUUUGCUCGCUUCUUUUGAAACUUCCGAGGACUCUUCGAUGCUUUCCAGAUUUAAGCACCAUAUUUUCUCGGCUGCAAUUGCAGAGGUAUUUUUGCUUGAACUUAUUUUUCGGUUGUCUCUGGGACUCUAUGGACGCCCUCUGAAAUCAUAA